CUCACUGAGUGGCUCCUGUGAUGGUACGAUUUGUGGUGCCUGGGAAGAAGUUUAUGGGUAAUGUAGUUUUACACACUUUUCUUGCUGGAGCACUUUGCGGGUUGUCCACAUGGUACCUGCUGCCAGACAGACUGAGUGGCCUGUAUGGGCACACGGGAGCAGGACUGGGAGCUGUUGUGCCUUUGUUUGCUCUGAGCUGGGUGACUGUCUGUAUUGGGGAGUAUUCGCUCAUCGUCAACACGGCUACAGAAACAGCCACGUUUCAGCUGCAGGACACGUACGAGAUCACGCCGCUCACCAGACCGCUAUACAUACUCGCAUUCAUUGCUGUGGACCUGGCUCUAAGGUUUUCAGGUUCUGGAGUGGUUGAAUUGCAAGUAGCAUCUCAGGUGCUUCAUGUGUUGUUUGUGGUUCUGCCAGUGCUUUGGGCUUUGGGAAUGCUCUCUCCGCUGGACGCUCUUCUGCUCUGGGCCAUGGAACAGACCUUAGUGCACGGCCUGG